CCAUCUUUGGUGUUUGCCUUGCAAGCCGCCUGAUCUCGUGAGUUUACAUGAAUGUUCGCUACCACGUCUGGUAAGUACGAGGAAUCGACUACAUUCCACAGUGAUCUCAACACAGCGGGACAAAUAUCUAUAAAAUGGGAAACUGCCAACCCACAAUCAUGCCAUGUGAGGACUUUGAUGUUGCGGCUGACAUAAAGGCCUUACGCAAAGCCUGCAAAGGCUUGGGCACUGAUGAACAGGUCAUCAUUGACAUACUUACUAACCGCUGUGCAGCCCAGCGCAUGGAAAUUAAACAGGCCUAUUUUGACAACUAUGAGAAUGAGUUGGUGGAUGUGCUGAAGAGCGAGCUGGGGGGGAACUUUGAGAAUGCCGUCGUGGCCAUGCUGGACCCUCCAGUCGUCUAUGCAGUGAAAGAGCUGAGGAAGGCCAUGAAGGGAGCAGGCACUGAUGAGGAUACUCUGGUGGAGAUUCUGUGCACUGCCACAAAUGCUGAUAUUCACAUGUUAAAAGAAUGCUACUUUCAGGUGCAUGAACGGGACCUGGAAUCAGAUGUCGAAGGGGACACUAGUGGAGAUGUGAGAAACCUGCUCACUGCUCUUUUACAGGGCACCAGAGAUGAGAGUUACGAUGUGGAUGAGGGUCUGGCUGAAGCAGAUGCCACCGCCCUGUUUGAGGCUGGUGAGGGAUGUUUUGGAACGGAUGAAUCCACGUUCAACUUUAUUCUGGCCAAAAGAAACUAUCUGCAACUUCAGGCCACCUUCAAGGUGUAUGAGCAGCUCUCUGGAACAGAAAUCCUGGAUGCCAUUGAGAAUGAGGUCUCUGGGACACUGAAGGGCUGCUACAUCACACUUGUGAGGGUUGCUAAGAACCCUCAGCUUUAUUUCGCCCGGCGACUGAAUGAAGCCAUGAAAGGAGCAGGCACUGAUGAGGACACCCUCAUCCGCAUCAUCAUAUGCCGCUCUGAGUAUGAUCUGGAGACCAUUAAAGACAUGUACCUGGAGAAGUAUGACAUGUCCCUGAAGGAUGCCAUCAAAUCUGAGUGUGGUGGGGACUUCAAACGUCUCCUGCUGGCUGUCUGCCAUUGAGAGAGGGAGAGAGAGCGAGAGAGAGGGGGAAGGA